CCCUUCUUCAUCCCAACCGUCCAUGAUGCUGUCUUCGCUAGGUCGUCUGUGUUCAGCACACAAUGUCGUCCACUCAAUACGCGCAUCCGCCAUCUAUUCCACUCAUCGUCGUGCGAUGAUGUCUGCCUUAAGCUCUCAACCUCAGAGACCACCGGAAGCGCAUUCCAGCUCCAAUGCCAAGCAGCCUCUCAAAGAUUCACCACCUGUUGUCGUACCCACUGCAAAUUUGCUAUCAUCCGAACCAGCUUCUCCGCAGGUAGCUGCUCGCCCACCACCUGUGCCAAAGGCAGAGCGACCGCGGCCAACUAUUCGGUCCACCAAGGCGGUAUUAAGUAUGGUAUGUGCUGACGAUGGAUUCUAUCUGCACCAAUAAGAUUUAUCACUCAUUGCAGACACCGACUGCGAUACAGCGGCUGCGUGGCUUGCUUAAUAGCCCGACACCACAAUUAAUUCGUAUAAGUGUGCGAAACAAGGGUUGUGCUGGCCUGUCUUACCACCUUGACUAUGUGGAGAAGCCGGAAAAGUUCGACGAGGUGGUACAGCAAGAUGGGGUUAAGGUUCUCAUAGACAGCAAGGCACUUUUCUCAAUAAUAGGUAGUGAGAUGGACUGGAAAGAGGAUGCGCUAAGCUCCAAAUUCGUUUUUAACAAUCCUAAUAUCAAGGAUGCAUGUGGAUGCGGAGAGUCAUUCACUGUUGCAUAGUAUUGCACACGGAGCAUAUCUAUUACUACCAAACAUACUCUUCCGUGCUUUAGAUCUGUUAGUAUUACUGUUAUUUACACACCACAUUCAGUGUAUCCCUAUCAUACGCACCUCACGUAUAUUCAAUGCAUAGAUGACAGCAUUCAUCUGAGCUCCUCACUCACCUUUCAUAUUGACAUCACCCGCGCGCUGUC